AUGCUCCGCGACGAGCUUCUCCAGUCUAAGCAGGAUGAGAUCGCAAAUUGCCUGUUGUCGCGCAAGCGAAAACUGACCGAAUUGUACUAUGCGACCGUGGGUUUUGAGGGCGCGACCGCCGAUUCACUCUAUCAUCAAAAAGAGAAGGCAUUCCUCGACUGCAACGAUCUCUCUAAAGGUCGUUACUUCGAUGAAUCCACUUUACCACCGCCUGCCCAUGCGCGCGCACGAGAUACUCCCAAAAAGCCGGUCGCAUCGACAACAACAAGCGCGACAACUUCCCAACCAGCGCCUAGUAUUACUAUCCCGCCGGUCGCAGAUGGCGACGCAUCCUUACUCAAGACCAAGCCGACUCUCCAGGAAAGGCCCGCCGGGGUCCAGCCAAGCACCACAAGACUUGUCCCGGCUGUCUUAAAGACUACAACAACAAUUGAGGAGUCACCUGCGCCUGCGACCAGCCCACAAGCAUUUCAGGGACAAGGUGCACCGACCCAGGCUGCACCAUCUAAUCCAAAUGUUGAACUGUCUAGUGCAUCCGUACCAGAAACCCCCGUCAGCUACCAAGGCCAGGAUGGAACGGAGCUUAAGCUUUCUCCACAAGCAGCCAGACCUACUGCGACAGGCGCAACACCUUCCUUGGAUAUCCUACCCAACACUCUUGCUCGAAAGAAAUCCGACUCGCGACCUUCUCUCGCGAUAGGGCCUUCAAACCACGAUCAACCCCUCUCACCCGCCUCAUCUAUCGACCCAUACUCUAAUAAUACACCGGCUCCGGUCACUGCUUCGCCCGUAACCAGCCCCGGAGAGGAAACACUUGAGGCCGGGAAGGGUGGUCGCCCGAGUCCCAAGCAUGACCGAUUGAUUCAACCUUACCGAAACAUGAUCCCAUCGACACCGGAUGAGCAAUUACGACUGGAGGAGGCGCAGUCAAUGCAGACAGCCGAAGAAGCUGCGACGUCUUUGAAUGAGAAAGUCAACGAGCCCAGUGGAGCUUCUUCUGCAGAUCCAGAUGUGAUGGAUGUUGACCAACAGCCUGUGGUGGAUGCAGUAGAGUCGAAACCACAAGAUGGGCCGACUGCAGCUCAAGCCGAUAGCCUCUCACCCACCGAACACCCAGCUGUAUCAUCCGAACCUGCUAAAGAUGAGCAUGAUACGAGCAAGAAGCCUGUUGUGAUUCCACCUACACAACCUGGUCUUUCACAACCCGAAAGAAUGACGACCCGCGUAUCAUCAGGCGCAAUUCGUCACAAGUCAGUUUCUGAAAUUCUGGGAGAAACACCACGAACACCUCACACUACUACUGCCAGCGAUCAUGAUAGCCCAGAUAGUGUUGCACGGAUGCGAUUCAAGGACCGCAAAGAUCGUGAAAAGGAAAGAACUCGACUUGCGACAGUGGUCUUCCCUAACCUGACUCCACAGCAGGAUAAGACUGACUCAAUGGAGCUUGUUCACCGAGAAUCUGCCGAUGCAGUUGCCAAAUUGCACGAGGAGCAGGAUUAUCUAUUCACUUUGUUCUUGAAUAGGGCUUAUGCGCCUCCUCGCGGAAUGAACAUGAGUACGCUUCUUGCAUCCGCUCAUAAGACCUUGACUACUGGAAACCAUCAGCUGGAAUACAAGGAGUCGAUGGAUUGCAGGACCUUACGCCGAAUCUAUGGUCUUCAGAAUGCGAACAGAUGGCCCUUGCGACAAAUGAAACGGGCCCCCGAACCUCCUCGCCAAGGUACUCACUGGGAUAUCGUCCUGGACCAUGUCAAGUGGAUGCGCACAGACUUCCGCGAAGAGCGAAAGUGGAAGAUUGCAGCUGCUAAGAGUUGUGCCGAUUGGUGCGCUGAGUAUGUUAGUAGUGACGAGGAACACCGGUCUUUACUUCGUGUCAAUGCGAAGGUUCCUUCGCCGACGGCUAGAGAAAAUGAUACAUCGAAGAUGAAUAUCGCUUCUCCGGAAGAUACAAGUGACGAAGUUGCUAUCUCUCAUCCCACGCCAGAUCUUGUUCCAUCCGCUGAAGAAGAAUCGGUCAGCGAUGGCUUCAAUGAAGAGCCACGACAUAAUAUUUGCGACACCGUUGCUCCUGCAGCCAUAUUUUCUCUAGGGUCUGACGAGUUCACCUUCUCCGUUGACAUGACUCCCGCAGCUGAGAAAUUGCUUAAUGAAUUGCCACUGUAUGAGCCACUACGUAUUGCACCUGGGGCCGAGUCUCCGAUUUUCAAGCAACUUCCGGACUCGGUCUGGAAAACGGAGCUUCUGCCGGUUUCUAAGUUCGCCUCGACCAAAAUUGCCUUCCAGGAUGAUAAGCUCCCUCGUAAACGAAGCCGUUACGACUAUUCUCAAUACGGAUCCGACAUAGAGAGCCGUAUUACUGAAAUCCCCCCCGGAGCAGACUAA